AUAACCCGGAGGGGAGGUGUGUGCAUGUGCCGGCACCCCCCCGCACGGCAGCCGGCCCUCCCUCUCUUCCCCACCGCUGCCUGGGGGUGUCGGGGCGGGCGGCAGCCGGGUGGAGCGGCCCGGGGCGCGGUACCGCCCCCGCCGCCGCCACCCCACGCAUGCUCCUCGCUGCCUCCGCCGCGCCGGUGCCGAGCGGAGCGGAGCGGGACGGGACGGCAGGGGAGCGGGCGGAAAGAUUCACCGCUACAGGGGUGCCUGCACCACAUCCCCCUGCUUCUGCAGCUGCAGCAGCCCUUGGAUCUCUCUUCCGGUGCAGCCGUGCUGGAGGAAGACUUUUUUAUUACGAUCUGCGUGCAACUAGCAUGGGAGAAGCCUUCCCCAGACAUGGGCAGUGCUAAGGAGCUUGAGGGGCUGCAACUGUUGACCCACCAGGCUGGGGCUGAAGACAACUGCGAGCCUGGCACCAGCUCCCUUGGCUGCCCAUUGGCAAGCAAGUGCCUGACCAGCUCUGGCUGUGCUAAAGAGGCCUGUGCCAUGAGGACCGGCUGCGUGGCUGAGAUGCAGGUCCAGGGCACCAUGGCUGGCCCAGCAGUGGAGAAGAACGUGCUAUCACCAGCAAGAGCAGCUACCAGCACAGUUCUCCCAGAUGCCGGUGUAGAGCCAAGCGCUGAGGCAGUGAUGGGGAGCUGUGGGCGACUAAGUAGCACUGACACUGUCUGUAGUCCCCUGGAGGUGGAUGUCCCCAGCACCCAGAAGGAGAACACAGCCCCUGUGUCCUCCCUGCCUGAACCUUGUCUCAAGGCCCCCAGCAAGGAUGUGGGUAGCACAGCAACUUCUGCCAAACAUGUGGUGUUUGUGGAGCCUGCUGUGGGCACUGGAGCAGCUGGGCUUCCAAGCCAGGAGCAGCCCCAGGGUGGCACAGAAAUAUCCAUGGACUCUGUGCCCCAGCCGAGGGGUGGUGAGGCGCCCAAGCUCCUCCAGGGGAGCAUGGUGGACCCCCUUGGUGCUGGCACUGCAGGGAGCCAGGGCCAUAGUCAGGACCAGGGCAGAGCUGAAGGGAGCACAGACCAGGGUGUGGAUGCCAGCAGCAGCCAGCAGCCCCGAACAGCCAAGCUGCUCUGUGAGUCCUACUCCUUCGAGGUGACCCCACCACAGGAUGCUGGGACGCAGGACAUGGGAACGCAAGUGGACAAUCGAGCAUCCCUGGUCUCAGUCGCCUUGAGCCCCAUGAGCCCUCCAGGUGGGGCUGCUGCCUUCACCUUCCCCAAAAGAGAGUCGAGCUCAGCUGCCCCUCCACGCCCUGAGCCCUCCAAGAAGGAUGCAGAGAUGCAGGUGUCCAUGCCCAUAGAAACCCGCUCGGUGGCCACCGGGCCCAUGACACCGGUAGCCAAGUCCCCACAGGCCUCAUACCCCAAGGUGCACGUGAAGGGGACAGUGGUGGAGGAGACUCCAGAGCCCAUCCGGGAGGUGAGCUGGGAUGAAAAGGGGAUGACAUGGGAGGUAUACGGGGCCUCCAUGGAGGUGGAGGUGCUGGGCAUGGCCAUCCAGAAACACCUGGAGAAGCAGAUCGAGGAGCAUGGGCGGCAGGUGGUGACGACCCCCCAGGGCACCCGCACUGGCUCUGUCAAAGGAGCCCCCAACAAAGGCGAGGCCAAGAGGCAGCCCAGCGUCUUUCGGGCUCUGCUGCAAAACGUACGGCGGCCCCGGUGCUGCUCCCGUGCCGGCCCCGCCAUGGAGUGAAGCACUGCCCACGCUGGUGGGUGGGGAUUCUGCUGGGCUUCUCGGGGGAAGCAGGGAGAGUUCCCUGCCCUGGUGUCCUGAGAUGCUUGCUGUCAGUGUGCAGGGCUCCUGGGGCCAAAGCCAGCAGUGAUGGAGCCCUGCAUGCUGAGGCAAGGCAUCUCCUUUGCUGGGGGCCCUUCUGCCAGCCCAGGGUCCCCCUGCUAGCCUAGCCCCAAGGAGUUGCCCUGGGACAUGAGGCUGGUGCUGUCUGUCUGCUUGGUGGCUUCUUUAUACCACAGAGAUGUACAUGACUCCUUCCUGUUGGAGGUGGCCACUCCUGGGCACUCUGUGGCACGUGUCUGGAGAGGGCUCAGUGUGUGCAGGGGCAGGUUGCUGCUGGCUCCAUCAAGCUCUGGCCUCACUUGCACCCCAUUCAGCAGCGUUCCUACCGUGAUGGAGAGAUGCUGGUUCAUCACUGUGCCGCCAAUUUGCCUGCCCAGGGUUUGGCCACACUUUGACCUGACCAUGGCCAUGUGCGCAUGAGUCCCUGUGGCUGCCCAGGGCUGGGACGUUCAGCCCAGCCCCUGUCCUUUCUGCUCCACUGCCGUGCUGUGUGUGCCCCAGAGCCAGAUGUGGCCACAUGGGGCACUGGGACAGAUCUCAAAUGGAAGAGACUGAGGCCAACCAUGCCUGUGGUGGGGAGCCAGUCAUCAUAGCUGGAGGCACUGCAGGGAGUCUGCAUAGUCACCAACUCAUCCUGCCCAGGGAUCUCCUUGGGAGCAGUCACCAGAGCCCACAGCAUGUCCUCAUCAUGGCAAGUAGUGGGGAUGAAGCCUACGUGCUGCUGGACCCACGGACUCGUGUCCCUGCACAGUUCCCCUUCAGCCUCGCUGGCUGCUCCUCCGACGGCAGCCGGGGAUGGAAUGGCUGCAGAGCGCUGCCCCUUUUUACAGCCGGGAUUUUGCAGGGCUGGGGGGAGGGGGGCUUUUACUGACUCUGUUUGCAUUUUUUGAACUUUUUAAGAGACACUUUCAGAUGUGUGUAUCCUACUUGGAGCCACCUUCUACCCUAUGGCCCGCAGAGCCAUGACCCUCUGUUUGAAUACUUUUCCUUGCCUGUGCCCUGUGGGGCUGGAGAGCAUCAGGAGUGAAGUGCACAGGGAGCUGAGCAUACCCACGGCUGGGGGAGCAUCGCUGGGGCUGGCAGCACCAUGGUGUCCUGCUGGGAUGUGGGUCCUGGUUCCAUGCAGGGGACCAGCCCUGCAGCUGGAGUGAGGCCCAGGCCUAUGCUCAGUACUGGAUGGGCAAGAGGCUGCAAGCAGAGUACAUGGGGAGCUGCACCAUAGGCAGGAGGGCUUAAGGUGCCAGGGGCACUAGUGCAGUCGUUUUCCCCUCUCUAAGCCCCCGUUGUAUGUUCUGGUCUUGUUUUGGCCCUGUGAGGCUGUCUCUUCCCCUGGAGGGGGGCUGUAAAGGGCUUGGUAAAGUGCCAGCUGUCAGCCAGGGCCAUGACCCUGUGCCCUGGCACUCACUGGGAGCCACCUCUGCUCAGUGCCUUGCGCUGCAGGAGUGGUGCCACUUGACAACAA